AUGGAUGUGGAAUUAAUGAUUCGGCUAAAUCCAGAAGAGGGAGGUUUAUGGCCUGUAUGUAUUAGAAUGUUACAUCAUGCAGAAUUAACUCACGGCUUUGUUUGUACAUCAAUUGGAAGUUCCAUCUAUCAUUUACACAAAUGUACGAGGAGUGGACAAUUUAUAGCUGAUAAAAUUGUUUCUUUUUCUCCCGUCAUAAUUGGGCCUACUGACUGGCCAGGAAAUUGUCCAGAAGUCCCAGCAUUCCUCACAGAUAUGGCUAUUUCUAUGGAUGAUUUAAAUUUAUAUGUGUGUGCGGCAUUUCAUGGAUUUGUUGCUCAAUUGGAUAUUUCUGACCCUUUUAGACCUUCUUUGACACAGAAAGUGAGAAAAAAUUUAAAAUUUUGGAAAUUUUAA